GAUUUUGUACGUCCGUAGCAACGGAACCAACAAUAUACAAAGUACGACCCAGUAUGGUCGUAUACUACAAAUAUUUAUUUGGUCGUAGUAACUUCAUAUUAUUUUCUAUUGUCGCGAAUGAACUAUUAAUUUAAAAAAGUUAAAAUAUGUUACGUGUUAAAGAACUGCAGAAUGCAUUGACCGAGACCCGGGUUCAAUUACAUGAAUUGAUGAGUGAAAAUAAAAUUUUGAAAAUUAUGGAAAAAAGGCAAGAGAAAGCCCUAUCAAAAUACGAGGGCACACAUGUUAAACUACCUCAGGUUAUUAAGUCGUACAGCGAAGACAUUCGCUCACUUCAGACUCGACUACAUUACAUGAAAAGCUCUUACAGAGAACUGGAAAACAAAACCAAUUGAUAAGUACUAAGCUAUUGGAUGUUCAAAAAAAACACAAACACUUGUUAGACUUGACCAAGAACAAGCAGCUCGGUGAGAGAGAAAAAAUUGUCCAAUCAACUUGAAGAAGCGGAAAACAUUAUUAAACAUCAAGAGACAAAAAUUCAGAAUUUAAUAAAACAAAUUGAACUUCUGAAUAAAAACCACCAAAACCAAAUGAACGUAGGGAUAAAUAAAGCAAAGGCUUUGCAACUAGAACUAAACCAUUUAAAGGAAACAAAUGACCAACUAGUAUCUAAGGUUGAAAAACUCAAAUAUCAGAGUUAUGGUGGAAGACGGAGCUACGUAUGUGCAUCAAACCAAAGUAUUGCACCACAAUCCAGGUCUACGGAAAUGUCUAAGAACUCAUUAUUAGUUAAUGUCGUUGGCGUCGUCGUUGAUCGAGUGGCAUCAACGGGAAUUCCCAGAAAGACGGGAAAACCUGAAUUGGUUCACGGUGAGUCCGAGAUCAGCGAUCACACCAAAGACCUCCAAAAAAAUCUAAUGAGGCAGGUGCAUGAGGAUGUGAUCAAUAAACCAAACAUGUUGGCAAACUAUAAAAUGGAAUCAUGCAACUCAUGUGGUGAUUCGAAAGAUUUGAAUUUUGGAAUUGCUGAACUGAUGAAGAAAAAAGAUAUAUCAGACGCAUGCGAUGAAAGUAUAAUGCAGCAGAUUGAACCUGAUGUAGCUGGGAAUCCUUUUUCAUUGUCCAACGUUCAUGGAAUGAAAUCGACCAGGGAAGAUCAAUCGAUAACAAACUUGAGAAACAAUAAUGAUGAAGAAUUAAUUAAUGCCGGAGAAGUUAACUUGCAGAAAGAUAAUUCGUCCUCAGACGAUGAUGAUACGAGCAGUGUAUCAUCUGUUAGUGAUACUGAUUAAUAGAUAUAUUAUUAUCUCCGCCGUUUCAUUUCAGUUUUAUAGAUUUUGAGCGAAAAGAGGAAUGUAUAUUGCUGUGAUGGUUUUACAGUGUUAUAGUUACGUUAAGUAAGAAAUAUUUGUCUAAAAAUAGUCCAAAAAUUUCAUUUGAUCUCAUUCAUUGAUUAAAAAUAUUAUUCAGUUAUCUACUAA